AGACGGAACGGCAGACAACGGACUUGAAAAAAAGAAGACACAUCGAGACUCUCAGCUUUGGUCAAUCUUCGCCAUAAGUCCGUUCGAGACCAACGAUAAGCACCCACAGUCUCCCACCUCCCACCCGAGACUUCCACCUCAUCCGCAAAAGCAACCCCACUACCCCUCUAAAGCAGACUUCCAAUACACAAUCUUAUUCUCUCCCUUCUAUUGCAGAUCAAAUCGAAACAAAUCUGCAAGAUGUCAAUAAUCCAACAAGUCUCGAACGCGACCUUGAACGACAACUGGCGUACGAUCAACAUCGAUGCCCUCGAUCCGGAAUCUUCCUCCAACUUCGACACCUCCACACUUCACCCAGCCUUCGCACCUGUAUCAGAUAGUGAGGCGAGGAACAUUGGACAGCAGGUCAGACAACUAUUGAGGGGAGGAGAUGCCGAGGGGGCAUUGAGAGGGGCGUUAGAGAGUGCGCCCUACGGCGGAGAUGUGGCCGUUAAGGAAAUCCACCUCCAGACCGUCACGGAAGUCUUACAAAGCAUCAAGGCGAGCGAGAUGACUCCCAUGCUGCAACGUAUUUUCCAAAGCGAGGGAGGAAGUGAAGCAUUGGAUGUGCUGAUGAAAUACUUGUACAAAGGCAUGGCUGCCUCUAGCACCAGCAAAACUCCUACUCGCGGCUCGACCCUCACACCUCAAAGUACCGGCUUCUCGCAGAUGGGCGGCAGACCAGGGGCAGGAAAUGAGAGCAGUGGUGCUGCUAUGAGCGUACUACUCUCAUGGCACGAGAAGGUUGUCGAGGUUGCAGGACUUGGUAGCGUUGGACGAUGCAUGACGGACUGGAGGAAAGUCUAGAGCAUCAAUGACAUUGGAAAGGCAUGGUCCAUGGAGGGAUUGAAUAGCAGCAGCUAAGGAUCCUCGACUCGAGGUAUCACGAUGAACCGCAGCAUUCAAAAGUACGGUCAGCGUUGAAAGCGGGGUUUCGAAGCCAGGAAUGGCAUGAUGCAUUUACCAUCAUCAUACUUUAGACAAAACAACAUGCAAUGAACGAUGUGCUUACUCAUUUCCGGGUUCCGCGUGUAGACGGAACAGAAUGCCAAGAGACCAGAC